AUGGAGGUAGUAGAGCUCUGCCCCAAUAAAAGGGCGUAUCGAGCCCUAGUCAGACCAACCACUUGCCUGUGCAAUAUUAAAUCUUUGAAACGGUACGUGCAACCAGCGAGAGAGAAAUCUUAUGCUCCAGAAAAAGUUUAUUGCCCUCCUACGAAACCUAUCGAUGCAAGCACAACAUAUCAUUUAUCAUACCUAAACAUUGAUAAAGCAGCAACGCCACAUGCGAAAACUCAAUCUUUCAAACCAGUGCACUCUCUUGACAGAGCUAUGGGAAAAAUAUCUGAUGAAACAACGAAUCGUCUAAGCUUUCGAGCUAACUGGGGUGUUACUAGAGCAAAGGCCUUUACCCCUUCCCGCAGAACCCAAAGCGGUCAAGGUCCGAUGCAAUGUGUAACAACUGCACGUCAUGAUUAUGUACCAAAAUAUGUACCAAGAAUGGAUUUAUUUGUGCCGUGCAAUAACAUUCGCACGAGUAGCGGCGUUUUAGAGGACAAAACUACUGCCGCGUUGUCAUACAUGAAUCCAGGCCCUGUAGAACCUGUGAUUAGUUAUAAACCUGAAGGGCGAUACUGCCCUCCAGAAAAGAGUAUAGAAAAAUACACAACACAAAAACUUAGCUAUCAACCAUUUCGAGUUCAAAGAAAAGAAAUUUAUCCAUGGAAACUGAAACAAGCAUACAAGUAUAAGUUUUUAGAUUAUUUUUAUUUUAUAGUGGAAAAAAUAUUAUACUAUUAUAAAUACCAAAUAUUUUGUAAAAGACCACCAGAUGCAUCAAUGGAGGGUGCAACAACCUACUCAAAGAGUUAUCUACAAAAUGCAAACUUGGCUCGGGAACAACCCUUUAAACCUGCAAAUGAAUGCAUUAUAUUUCCUGGUGGUGCUCAAUUUGCAAGGAAAACAAUCUAUGGGGAAAGCUUUUUACCCUGCGAUAUCGAAAGACCAGCACCGAUUCGCCCUUGCAGUAAUAUUGCUAGGUCCGAUCAAAAAAUGUCUGGUGAUACUACUAAUAAGUUGAGCUACCAACCAGUAUCAGUGGAAAAAAGAGGCCUCAUAAUUCCGAGCCGCAGAAAUAUGAUGGGCGACGGGCCUAUGCAAUGCCUUACAACCAAUAGACACGACUUUGUACCAAAACUUGUUCCACGACCUGAUCUGGUUAUUCCUUGCAAUAAUAUUCGAUCAUCUGAUCAACCGCUCGAAGGUAGGACUACAGCAACUCUUUCAUACAUGGAUCCUGGACCUGUAGAACCAGUGACAAGUUAUAAACCAGUAUCACAAUAUUGCAAAUUAAUACGAAUUACUCAAAUUAAUUUACAUCCUUCCAUUGUCAGACCUGCGGCAAAGAUAGAUGGAGAAACUAUUAACAAACUAUCCUAUCAGCCAUGGAUUCCAAGACCUAAAAUGGAAUUGCCUUGGGCUCAAAAGACACAAUACAAACCGCCCACAGCUAAGAUGUGCGAUGAUACUGUGUAUCACCAGAGUUACCCUGCUCCAGGUUACUAUGUCGAAGACAGUAUUUCGGCCGAGUGUCCCUGUCCACCAGAAUCACAAGAAGAUUGUGACCUUGAUUAGUUAGCACGUUCAAAAUAAUAAUAAUAAUAAUAAUAACAUUAAUCCCGACAAAUGUAAAAAAAAACUUAAAAAUCUUAAUAAACUUUUGUAAG